GGGGGUGGCCGCGGGGCUGCGGGCCGGUGACCGCGCGCUGCUGCGCUCCGGCUGGCCGCGGCCCUGCUUGAGACAGCUAGCGGGUAUGUGCACCUCAGCCCUGCUCAGGUACCCGAGUGUUGUGGGGCAUCCCGGGCUGUCCUGAUCCCGGCUUACUACCUUUCGUUCUUGACGUACUCUGCUCUUUUGCCCGUGCUCUUCAUUAAGGAUGCUCGUCUGUUGUAACAUCACGCUGCGGAGAGCUCUGUGGUCUCUCCGUUUGCUGUUGAUGACAGGCCUUGAACAGGGGCAUUGCUGCUGUUAAGGAAGAUGCUGUGGAAAUGCUGGCCAGCUAUGGGCUGGCGUACUCCCUGAUGAAGUUCUUCACUGGUCCAAUGAGUGACUUCAAAAAUGUAGGCCUGGUGUUUGUGAACAGUAAGAGAGACAGGACCAAAGCAGUUUUGUGCAUGGUUGUGGCUGGCGCUGUAGCUGCUGUAUUCCAUACCUUAAUAGCAUAUAGCGAUUUGGGGUAUUACAUAAUUAAUAAGCUACACCAUGUGGAUGAAUCAGUGGGAAGUAAAACUCGGAGGGCCUUCCUUUAUCUUGCUGCCUUCCCUUUUAUGGAUGCCAUGGCAUGGACCCAUGCUGGAAUUCUUCUGAAACACAAGUACAGUUUCCUGGUGGGAUGUGCCUCCAUCUCAGAUGUCAUAGCUCAGGUUGUUUUUGUAGCCAUUUUGCUUCACAGUCACUUGGAGUGCAGGGAGCCUCUCCUGAUCCCAAUCUUGUCCCUGUACAUGGGAGCGCUUGUCCGAUGUACCACAUUAUGCCUGGGAUACUACAGGAACAUACAUGAUGUCAUUCCUGACAGAAGUGGGCCCGAAAUGGGGGGAGAGGCUACAAUCAGGAAGAUGCUGAGCUUCUGGUGGCCUUUGGCAUUAAUCUUGGCAACUCAGCGAAUAAGCAGGCCCAUUGUCAACCUUUUUGUCUCCCGGGACCUAGGUGGCAGUUCUUCAGCCACAGAGGCGGUGGCAAUUCUGACAGCUACCUAUCCUGUGGGACACAUGCCGUAUGGCUGGCUGACAGAAAUUAGAGCAGUAUACCCAGCUUUUGACAAGAAUAACCCCAGCAAUAAACUGGUGAACACCAAUAGCACCGUCACAGCGACACAUAUCAAGAAGUUCACUUUUGUUUGCAUGGCUUUGUCCUUAACGCUCUGUUUUGUGAUGUUUUGGACACCGAAUGUGUCAGAGAAGAUUUUAGUUGACAUAAUUGGAGUAGACUUCGCUUUUGCAGAGUUGUGUGUUGUUCCUUUGCGCAUCUUCUCCUUUUUCCCAGUUCCAGUGACAGUCAGAGCACACCUGACUGGUUGGCUGAUGACUCUAAAGAAGACAUUUGUGCUGGCACCCAGCUCAGUGCUGCGGAUUAUCGUCCUCAUCACUAGUCUCAUUGUUCUGCCUUAUUUGGGAGUUCAUGGAGCCACCCUGGGAGUAGGAUCCCUUCUAGCAGGGUUUGUGGGAGAAUCCACUAUGGUUGCAAUAGCGGCCUGUUACGUCUAUCGAAAACAGAAAAAGAAGCGGAAUGAGAAUGAAACAUCUGCAGAAGGUGAAGACUCUGCCAUGACCGACAUGCCUCACACGGAGGAAAUGACAGACAUCGUAGAAAUGAGAGAAGAGAAUGAAUAAGAAAUGGGAUGCAAUUGUUCUCUACAGGGACGAUUGGAGUGACACUUCAGCAUCUUGUCGUCUCUCAUACUUUUUUGUUUGUUUGUUUUUAUUUUUGUAAUAAAGAGGCCUUGAUUUGAAAGGUUUCAGAUAAAUUCUCUAGCAUACUGAGUAUGCUCACACUGAUGAGGGACCUAAAAAGAGGUCUUUGCUUUUUCUUUUUCAAUUGAAUUUGUUUUCUCACUCCAUGCAAACAUAGAAGAUACAAUUGCAUCACUGUAGAGUCUUCCUUACUUAUGCAUCCAUCUUCUCUGGACAAUCUGCAUUUGUCAACCAAAGCCCUGUUGUGUGCGUGUGCCUGUGUGCACACACACGAGUGCCACUGGCUCAGUGCUACUGCCAUAAUCCUACUCCCUCCCCUCUUUCCUUUUCCUUCCUUUUCUUUAUGAGAAAUGUUAAGGAAAAGAAGUUUGGAAUACAGAGCUUUAUUUUACUUGCUUGAAAAUGACUUUGCUACAUAAACUAAUAUACUAUGGUGAACUAUAUCUUUUUGUUUGGCCUCAUCACUAGAGCUUAUACUGCACAGGGUACAAGACAGGGAGGAACACGUAAGUCUCCAUAUGGGGAAAAACAGGUUCCUCUCUCCUGCUAAAAGUGUGUGGAUGUGUAUAUACACACACAGAGACAUACGUGUAUAUAUAUUUAUAUAUAUAUAUGCAUAUGAUAAAUAAAAUACACACAGGACAAGAACUCUGUUUAGUUUUCAUUUCAUCUGAAAGACAGAAAUCUUUUGAAAAACGUAAGCAUUUAAUUCAGAAUCUUCUUGAAUAGUUAAGCACCACCUCACAUGGUUUUCUUUAGGAAAAAAAAAACAAACAUGCACUUUCCUCUUGUGAAGAGGGUGAUAGCAACUGAAAUAAUUUGACUGUAUUUGAAUAAGAAAAUAAAAAUUGACAAGCUUUACCAAAGUUCUUGUCCGCUGAUUUAACUUUAAUUUUCAGAGGUUGGUUUACUCUACUUUUAUUUCUGGUGUCUAUAUAUUGAAAGAAAAAAUACAGGUAACUUGUGCAGGAUACCACACUGUGUCACAUUACUACACAUAGUUCCAUGAAAUUCUUAAUUUGGUGAGGUACACAUGCUCACACACACAUGUAUAUAUAUAUAUAUAAGUAUAUAUAUAUACACAUAUAUGUAUGUUUUGCUAUGAUAUAUUUACCUAUGCAGUAGAUCAGAGUCAGUAUGGUGAAGCUCAAGUACUGGUAAUCCUCCAAGUCCUCAAUUAGGGACCAUGAUCACUUGUUAGCUCUCAACAGUGUCAUGGAAGUGGAAAGCUGCUCAAACCAGCAAGUUGCACUUUGCAAACAAGGCAGGCACUGUGCAGUUUAAUUGAGCCUUAAACAGUAGAGUGUGGGGUUGGAUGGUCGGUCCUUGUCAAGUGGAAAUGAAGCCUGUGUAAGAGGUUACUGAACCACAGAUGGUUUGGGUGCCUCUGAUGAGGGCUGCGGGAGCAGCUUCUAUUGCUUGCUGUUCUGUGUUUGGCUGCGGGGCAGCGUUCCUGUGUCCAGUUUGUAGUACCUUGGGUUCUUUCAGUUGUAGCUGUGCCAGAUUCAGAUUCUGGAUACAGUUAUCCUUCAUGGGAUAUCUGCAAACCAGUUAAUUUAAACUUUCUUUAGUAAAAAUAUAUUUUUAUAAGUUGUGGAAAUGAUUAUUUAAUUGUAGACAACUUCAGUUUCUAGAUUAUUUCCCAGGUAGUCCCAGCACUCAGAAAAUUAACCAGAAUUAGCCAUUACUUUAAAUGUUAUAUUGAUAUAUGUGUGUAUAUACAUACACAUGUGUAUAAAUAUAUAUAUUGUAUAUUAUGUACAUUUAUUUUAAGCAACAGUACAUUUCUUAUUUUUCCAAGUUCAGCUAAAAAUGUCUCUAAAACAUUACCGAGUUGACUAGUAACCAGGUGUAGCUAUCACAAAAGGCAUUUUAUCAAUGAACUUCCUUUUAGACAUUUGUACCGAUUUGUUAUACGUGCAGAUGCAGUAAGAAAAGACUUAGAAGUGAUUUUGUUCAAUGACAGACUUGAAAAAGCAGUUCAUGGUUAAUUAGUGGUGGCAGUAAAGGACAAGACUAAACCUAGUAGCCACCACGAGGUGGUUCUCAUUGUUUAUUAUAGGAGAUUUUUUUUAAAAGACAAAAAAAAAAAAAGAAAAAGCCCUCAGACGAAUGAACUUCAUGCAGCAUGGAGAUGGUACACAUAUGCGUUCAUGAAUACUCUCAAACAGUCAUAUGUAUAUAACAUGUAUAUAGACUGUUACGGAUCGCAGCGGCCAGUUAAAGACUUCUCUGUUCCUGUAGUUUUGAUUCCUCCUGUGCAUUUGUAUCCAAAUCCACAACGCGCAGUUUUUCAGGAACUGUGGGGAUAAAACACUGAAUUAUUUUGAUACUUGACUGAAAUACAAAUAGCAGUAUUUUUGAGGAAUUUUGAGCAUUACAGAUGUAGGGUUCAAGGUAAUAACUGCACCAAAAAAGUAGGAAUUUGAAAACAAAUUAGGUGAAGCACCAAGUCUUUUGUGUUAGAUAGAAAACUGAACAAUCAUCAAAGAGUGAAUUAUUGGUCAUAUAGAGUGAAACUAAUGGUAUUGUAGAAGUCAGAAUUUCAGUUCUGUGGGUAGUUAAUAUUCCUUUAUUUCACAAAACAAACAAACAAACAAAAAAAACCCAACAAUGGAUGAGCACAGGAGUGGUAGGACUGGGGCAAGUUUUCACCAAGUUUUGUAAGGACACAUGCAUAACACUGAUUCCCAUUUCCUGUGCAUUGGUGUAUUUUUUACGUUGCUGGGUUAACCAAAUCUGCUGAUGUAUCUGCAACACGUAACUCCAUAUGGGAGCUUGGUGUCCCAGCAGAUGCUCUCUCACAUCGGCAUGCUCAACCUGAAGGCAGGUCCACAAGGAGCUCCAUGUGCCACAGCAGCGCCCAGAGCCCCAUCUGGUGACAUCUUCAAGGGCUUCAGUGACAAUCUGAGCCCCAUUUGAUGGUGUGUCCAACUGGACUGCCUUUGGACCAAGGGCGCAUGCCACCAUGUCCAGGUUGACUGAACCCCACUGAAUAGGUCCAAUCAUUACCCACCCAAAGUGUCUCUGCUGAGCAGGCCCUCGUGAACGUGUUGGCUUCUUCCCACACAAAGGAACUCUUGAGUUUUGAUGAAAUGCUGUCUCCUUUGUGGUGUUGCUCAUGACAUCUCUAUCUGUGUGAUACAUUUUGAAAUAAUAGAGGUCUGUUAGUUGUCUGUUUUGAGGAGAGACAGAGCACCAUCAUCUCACUGAAUUCAUGUGAAGUUUCAGCCUUUCAGUACUUUCUUGAGAAUAACUGAAUUAUAUCAAUGAAGUUACAGUAAGAGGAAAAAAGUUGAUCUGCAUCCUACAUCUUAUGUUUUAGGCCAUGAAGGAACAUACCACUCAGCACGAAGUAGAAGGGACACUGGUAGAUUGUGGAUUAAUGUUCCUAGGCUUUUAAUACGUACUUAAGGUUGUGUUAACUGCCUGAGUUUUUCUUUCACAGACGCAAUAGCAGUUGGAAAACACCUAUUUUUUAUCUCCCCCACACGCUUACCAGGCCAUGGCCCUGGUGAGGCGGGCUCUGCAUGUCCCAUCCCUCUUACACAGCCACGCGGUCAAGAGUGAGAGCUGUGCUGGGCAAGAGGAUGGGUGAGUAACAGAGAAGUCUUUUGUUUCCUACUCAUUUUGCUGCUAAAUAUUUCCUUUGAACGGGAGAGAUUUAUCGGCUCUCGGUUGGGUUGUGCCGAACUGCUGCAGACAGACAGGCAGUGGCUGGAGACGGAGGGCGAGCUGCUGAAUGCAGUGUAUUCAGGGCAGGCCACAGCGCACAGACAGGAGCCUUUUGAGGGAGAGAGUUCUUUUUUUGUGGUCUGGCGCCUCGUGCUUAAAGGGAAAGGUGAAAGGACGCCUUGGGGUGCUCGGGUCGGCCACGAGGCAUGGGCAGUGUGGGAUGGUGUGGGAGCAGGAGGGCAGCAUCACGCCUCGGCCUCUCACUGAGGUGUGGGCAUGGUGUGAUCAGUGGGACAGAAUGCGGCUGGGGAUAUCUGAGCGUCCAGUAGCCAUUGGUGUAUCAGAAAGCCAUGCAUAGAUAGAUGAAUAUAUAUAUAUAUAUAAGGGUAUGUAUAUGUGAGUUUGUAUGUAAGAGUUUUAUGCACACGUUUUUAGUACUGGCUGUAUGUAGCUUGCUGGAACAGAGUAUAAAAAACAUCUUAAAGAGGGAAUAGGCUGUGUAAAGAAUUGCAGUUUAAAGCCACAUAAACAAAUAACUAAAAUGACCUUUCGUCAGACAUGAUACCAGUAAGAAAAAGCGGCAUUUAGAUCAGUAUGCUAAAACAGGAGAGAAGUGGGGAACAUGGAAAAGCUUGUGGAUGUGGCAUACCCAGCCUAAAGACGGCAUCACCGGGGUGGAAGUCAAUUAACAGAGCAGAAAUGGCUCUGCCAUUCUCCUGUUAACUGCACUGGAGAGGAACUGAAAGGUGAGAAGUGAUGUGUAAAUGAGGCACAGCUUAGAGUAUUUGGGUUUCUGAGAGCGGAGGAGUCAUCAGAGAGACGAGCAUGAAAACAUCUCAGAAAAGUAUUCAAGCAGAAACGAACCAUAUGUGGGUUUUAUGGCGUGCAAAGAGGAGAUGUUACAUCGCCUGCUGAUUCCAAGUAACUGGCAGUAGCUGGGCAAAUGUCACGAGCUUUAGUUAAACAAAGUUAAACAGAGAGUAACGAAGAGUGAAUUACACAGCUUUGAUAUCAAACUGGCAUUUCCCAGGCACCAAGUUAGCCAUAUGCAUGUGUGGACUGCCGUGUUUGCAGGCCGCAUCAAGGGCCUACUGAAGGGCUGCGUGUCCCCCAGGCAGCGCCAGCACCGUGGGCACUUGUCGGCUUCUCUGCAGCCUGCAGCACACCUUGUUAUACUGAAUGCUGAUGCACAGCAUGAAGCGAGGCACCUACACUAGAUCAGCUGCAAGUUCAGGUCCAUCAUGGGCUGGAUUCAUUUUGAGGCAGUUUGUGUGGAUUUGCUUUGGAGAUCGGUGCACAGAUCCACAGAUCCACUCCUCAGCCACUGCCAGACUUCUCCUUGGCAUUCUGUGAUUACUAGACAUUGUCACUCCUCACGUCAACUUGUGAGUUUCACCUCGUUUUUCUCUCUCAUUCCCAGUUCUGCAUCGUCAGACAUUUCUUUAUUUUCUUCUGAAUGCUCCUGCUAGAUUUAUUUUGUCUGCUGGCAUUUUGAGAAGGAAAACGUAGUCUUUGUGCUGAAUGCCAAGUAACGUAGUCUUUAAAAGGUAACUUAAAACAAAACUGGUUUUUUUGAUGAACUGUUGUUUGCUUUUCAUUUGCUUAGCUGAAAAGUAGUCAAGAAACAGAAGGAACUGGGGGACGUUCUUUAUUUAAAAUCAAGAAUUCAAAGAAUUAAUUCAAGUUCACUACUAAACUCGAGCCAUUUUUUUGACCUUCUGGUGAUUUGUGAGCACCCCAGCUCUUCCAGGGCACUGCAGCCCUGCAGCUGUGCACUGUUUGAAGCACUGGGAAGCACAGGACUUUGUGUAGAUGAAAACUAAAAUACAGCCUGAAAAGUUGGAGAGGCCGAAUCAUAGGAAGAAUCUGUUAAGUUUAAAAUUCAGCCGAACUUGUGCAAGCUGAUUGAUGUCUGAAGAGGCCCUGCUUUGGGGUUACAUAGAUAAAUAAAUACCUGCCAUCUCCAUCUGACCUAAAUUGUUCUCUGCUUCACUUAGGAACCUAGGAUAGUCCUGUCAUCUUAAGGCGCUCGAGGCUGUUUGGGUUUAUUUUAGGGUUUCAGGGCUGAGAGAUAGUGCCCACUAAGGCUCAACAAUGGAGAUAUCUAUGCCAAAAUCUGAGCUUCACAGAUUCUUUCUCAGAUGACAAAACUUUCAUAUUUCAGGGCCAGUUGUAAGCACCCUCCCACCCUGUGGGAGCCCCGCAAUGAGAGCAAAGCAAAAGUCAGCUAUUGUAUAUGCAGACAAAAUAUUCGAGAACUGCACUGCACUUCUACAAUUAACUCUCUAAGUACAAAAGUCUGAAACCAGCAAGCAACUGCGUGCAUCACCUUCUUUUCAUGUGCAUCAUUCAGAGCUAUAAAAAAAGCUAUCCUUUCUGAUAACUGUAAUCAAGGUAAUGCAAAGUAAUACUUCAAUUUAUGUAAUAAAACAGCUUGGCCUGUCUACAGUUGAGAGCAUAUAAAUACCCUCUUAGGAAAGGAUGUAUUUUAAAAUUGAAGUGAUGGCCGUAUGCCGUAUAAUUCCACCAAAACACAAACAAAAAAAUUGGAAAAAAAAAAAAAAGCAUCAGCUUUGAAUGAGUAUCCUGCCUGUGUGGAAAGCAGAGUGUGAGUACACAUGUAGAAAGCAGCAGAGCCUGAACUAGCAUGCUCAGCUUUGUAGUUUGCUCUCUAAGACAGCACUAAUGCAACUCUGGUUUUCUGUCCUAUUACAGUAAACACAAUGUCCUUCCCAAGCUGAAAUGAAACAAUUAGGAGGCUGCAGGCCAUAGGGUUACUUACAUCAAUUGAUUUUAUCUACAAACCUUGCAGAUGCUACAACAUUGCAAAAGCAAAACGUGCAAAAGAACGAAGGUUCAUAUGCAUUUUUAUAGAGGACGUCAAGAAGCUUUUUAAAAUUAAUCACUCUUUCAGUGAUGCAGUUCAAAGUGCGCUUCACUUACUUUGUUUUUAAUAGAAAUCUACCCACAAAACACCAUAUAUUAUUACAAAGCAAGCGCACAAGAUGCGGAAUUCAACCUGUGCUUUUUUCCAAUGGGACAGAAGCUCCCACCACCACCAUAAAGGCAUUUGAGCUCAGGUGGUGUCACUCAUUCAGAACACUGGCCCCACUGCUACUGCUACUUUAGAUCUGCUUUUGUUGCUGCUGCCUCCAUUUUCUUGAAGCCGAGCACCCAGGGCACUGUUUGGUUGGAUACACCGGCAUGGCCAUGGGUCCCCAGGGCUUGCCUGCCAAGUGAGAGGUGACUCGAGACACAGAGCCCCUUUAGGACAAAACCUGAUGGUUUGUCAUUCCACCAAUAUGAGCAAGCUGGGGGCAGCAGUCUUCCCUAGAGCUGGCUCUUCUGAGAGAGGGAAAAUAGACUUUGCCUUUUAUUGAUGGCCUGGCGGCUGGGACUGCAGCCACCCUCAGGUCCUCCAUGCUGCUUUUGGGUUUUUUUUGUGCUGUGACAUUGGCAGAGCAUCUUAGUACCACAGGGUGCAGAAAUCCCAACUGGAGACCAAGGAGUCUGUUCUGCUUGGAGGCAUAGAUGAAAUGUGUUUAAUGGUGUGACUCCCUCAUUUAUCAUCUUUAACAAGAGGUUCACUCACCUAUGAAGGUUACCAGGCAGCACUGCUGACAUCAGAUAAACCUGAACUUUACAGUGCUAGGAAUACAAAAGACACCAAACUUUGUCACACUUUUUGCUGUGGAGAAAGAAGGAAGCUUCACAUGUCCCACUCUCUCCAUCUUCACAUGCUUGAGCACGGCCAGUCACAAGGUUGCUCUAGAAGGAUCUCUAAAGCUGAGCAAAACCCGAAGGGAAAAGCAGCAGAUGAGAACUGUUUUGUCUCCACAGCAGGGGGAUAUCUUAGAGAAGGGCUAAAUUGCACAGAAAUGCCCCCCAGAAAGUAUCGGUUUUAGAGCAGAGGUUCAGGAUGGCUUUGACCACAUGGUACAUCAUUUGUAAAGUAGUAACAACAAGGAUAGCAGGUUCUCCAAUCUCCGAAAGGUGUUCUAAGGAUAGUAUUCACUGAUGCUGGUGAAAAAUGCUUGGAUACUGCAGGGAACAGUACCACAGAAAUGCCUAUAAAUACUGAACUCAUAUUUGCAUGUUCUAAUUGUGCCUUUGGGUUCUCUAAAAUUGACUUGUUUUUAGUUUAAUGGAAAUACUUUAAAAAAAUGAGAGUGGGGAAUAGUGUCUUGAAGCAACAUCCUAAGAAAGGGCAGCACAGCAUCUGAAGGCUUUCUUGGGAAGGAGCAGGAGGAUGUUUGAGGGCCUCUGUCCACAGAGCAUUCUGCAGGACAAGGUCUUGUUCUGUUCUCAGUAGGCUUGCAAGUAGUAGCUGGGCACCCUUUAGGGAAUGCUGUGUUUGCACUGGGGUUAAGGUCACCUUUCCAUAAGGAAAAAGCUCAUUUUUUGUUCAUUUCUGUUAUUUUAAGGUGAAUCUGAGAACUGGGCAAAUGGUUAUUUCACCUCAGAGGUGUCACUUGCUUUUCAUUUCUUUCAGAGUAUCUUUCUCUAUCAGAUUCAGAUUCUUUCAGUGUCUUUCAGGAUAAAGCUAUCGUUAUGCAAAGCAGUAUGCCUAAUAGCAAUCCUUGACUAUUUAAACAAGUCAAUUUUCCAAGGACUGUAGGUGUCAAGUCAGAGCCCUAUUUGGAACUACAGUACAGGGAUCCUAGAUUUUAAAAGAAAUGUUACCUCAUGCAUCAUUUUCUGCCAUACUUUUGUAGAAUUCCAAUUGAUUUCUCUCAAAAGAAGUGUUGUUUUCUUGAAGUUGUACACCUAAAGCUACCCGUUUGUUUUUUAAUGAACGUUUUGCUUUGCUUUAAACAUGUGGGUUUUCUGUAACCUCUAAAGAAGCCAAUGAAGGUAAAACUUUGUACAUUUUUUCAAUGACUGCUGAGGUCGAAAGUAUAAAAGUACGUGUUGCAUUAAAAUUGAGUGUUGUUUAUGUAUUUAACAGAGAUGUAUGUUUUUGCAUUGUUAAAAAGGAUGAUCUAUGCUUUCUUUUAGGAGGGGGGGGAGAUCUGUGCUCCAAUAUUGUCCAACAGCUUUCAUAUUCUAAUUACUUUAAGUAAAGUUCUAACAGUUUGCAUAUGA